GUAAUGUUCUGUUCUUGAGACCUUACAGGCUCUGUUCUGAAGUGAAUAGUGCGAUACAUUCUCCACAAAAUUAAAAAAGAUUUAUAACUUUUGGGAAACAAUUUCAUUUAUUCUUUAGCGUUGGUAUACGAGGAUGGUGUAUAAAGAACAUGUGACUGAAAAGCAUCCAACAGCUUAUGGAUUUGCGGUUAAUAAGUUUGUGUUAUCACUGCUUGGACAAUGGCCUUAUCAAACUAAAAUGCAAAAACUAAUUAUACGAACAAUUGGAAAUUCUGUCAUGACAGUGGCCAACCUUACAUCUAUGAAGGCUCUAUUAGAUGACAUUAAGGAUAGUUUUAAGACAAUUAGAGAAAAUUCUUAUGAGGAAGAACAAAUUCUAAUUAAAUCUGCUAAGGAAGGAAGUGUCAUCCUCUUUUUCUAUAUUUUCUUAAUGGCUUCAUCAACGUUUGUAUAUUGUCUGGCGACGUUAGCGCCAACUGUCUUGGAUUUUUUCAUACCAUUGAACGAAACUCGAGUAAAAAAUUAUAUAUAUGAUGUAAAUUACGUUUUCCUCGAGAAAGAGGAACAUUAUUACUUUAUUUUUUGGCACUCAACUUUCGCAGGAGUCUACUGUAUUGGCACUAUAAUGUCAUUCGAUAUGAUGCUGUACCUUUUUGUGAAGCAUGUCAAUGCAAUGUUUUUAGUUUUACGACAUCGAUUGAAGAAUAUUGUGGCAAGCAGCAACAAUAAUCACUGUUAUAGCAAAGAGGAAUAUGAAAAGAUAGAAAAAGAAACUACAUCCUGCAUAAAAUUAUACAAUGAUACAAUCACAUUCACUAACAACGUCGAAUCAUGUUUCGCGACUUGUUUAACUUUCACAAUGGGAGUUUCAGCGGUUAUUAUGUGUUUUCAAGGAGUUAUGAUUGUGGUGAGAAUUGAUCAUCCUGAUAUGGUCACAAUGUACGUCAUUAAUUUUAGUUCACAAGCUAUUCACCUUUUUUUCGAUUGUUUUUCUGGACAAUUGCUGCUGGAUGGUAGUGGAUCUGUCUCAUAUUAUAUAUACUGCUCAAAUUGGUGCAUAUUGCCUCAGAAGCAGCAAAGGCUGUUGUUGUUGAUGAUGUUGAGAAGCAUACAUGAUUGCCAUGUGACAAUUGGAAAAUUCGUGAUUCUCAGUAAUAAAACUUAUAGUCAACUGAUGAAGACCAUUUUCUCGUACCUGAGUGUUUUAAUGUCUGUACGCGAAUAAUGCAACCUGUCUAGGGCAUCCCAGUGGGCACACAGGUUAAAAACAUGUAGUAAACUUGUCCCGGCAAAGGAUGUAAUGAAAGACCAAGAAAAAACACAUGCAAAGGAAAUUAUAUGAAAUAUAAGAUUCAAACCAAUUUCGUUAACGUAUGAAUGCAGAAUGUGCAUGAACCACCGUUUGCAAAAAAAUUGUGGAUUGCAAUAAUGGUAGACAUAAUAACUUUGUCCUAUAAUAAUAAUUUUUCAUAAUUCAAGGUUCCUAUGCACAUACAUUUAAUUUUAU